GUUUCAGUAGGUGACGUGGAGGUGGAACGACUUUAAAUUUAGUACUACCGCAUGUUCUAUUUUUAUUAAUCAGCCAGAGAGUGAUAAUAAUGUAUUUACAUGUUAGGUUACGUUACACAUCUGUGUACCUAGUAUUGUCGUGACUGAUUGUUCAUUCCCAGUAGAUGUGUCCGUGUCGUUAUAUAUGUUAUUUUAGUAUUAUUCACUUUAAUACGAAAUGCCUGUCAACAUCAAUUCAUCACUAUUGGAUCAAUCAGAGUUUCUGGGGUUUUUAAUGCCCCAUAACGACAGUGAAAUUAUUUUAGAUCAACCCUACGACGACUCCUUGAAUGUUUUCAAAUCAUCACCUAAAAAGAGGUCUCUAAAAUAAACGGGAAAACCUCCGGAACUGAUAGUGGAUACCAAGAAGUUUGAUGAUAUAUUUCACAUCGAUAAAAACAAAGAAAGAAUUAAACUUAAACUAAAAUUGUGCAUGUAAAAUGACUGAAAGGUGUGAUAAAUCCUAUAUCCGAGUUUUCAUACAAUCUUCAAACAACAAGAAAGCGAAACGCUUGGCAACAGCGGACGACAGAAGUUCGACCAGUGACCCACUCGUGUUGCGGCCGGUUUCGACACAGUGGGAAUCGCGCGAUGUCAACAGAACUCGACCCAAACAGAUUGUCGACGAGCAAGGAUUCAUGUUGGUACAACAAACACGUAAGUCCAGAACCAAAUUGGCACCCAGGAUCAUUCAGCAACCUCAAACAAACAUAAGUAAAUGCCGAUGCAAGUCAGCAUAAGGAAUAUUUCUACCUUAAAAACAGUAGGCAAUCCUGUGAUUAAAAAAACUAAAGCACUAUUUGUAACAGUUUGAAACCAUCCAUCCAAGAGCAAGAUAUUAUAUACUAUUACAUCACUAAUGAACUAACCUUUCUCAAGUUAAGGUGGUCAAACUGCGUACCAAAUACAAUAUGUAUGAAUUAUUUUAUUUUUCAGUAUUAGUAUUAGAAGAAUAAUUUCAACAGAAUCAACAACUUUUUCUUCUGGCCCAGCAGGUGUUUGAUUAGCCCUUUGUUUGGAAAAUUACGUCCAGAGCAAAUUGCCAGCAAUAACUUACCCUCUUUUAUCGCAUGAUCGUCGCACUCUCAUAAUUGUCGCACCUAUAUUUUAGGUUGUCAAAAUUUGGAUAAAAAAACUUCUCACGUAAACGUCACGUGAUGUUUUUGGUCCCGCUAUUAGAUGCCGAACGCUUUGUGUAGGUAUCUUUUCUGUAUAAAACUAUGUAUUUUAAAGUAUAAAUCUAAGAUUUAUUCAGAAAUUACCGCUUAUUUAAAUAACGGAAAUACAAAGUUGUCUGAUGUGUAAAUAAUCUUUUAAAGACGUUUUUAAACGUUAUAACCUUAAUCUAUAUGUCAGCAUCGCCGCGUUAGCCAGCGUUAGUUGGCAUCAUUCAUGUUUGGUUAAGUUGCUUUCCGUAUAGAGCGCGCACACGUAGUCGAAUAUCAAUAUCUCGCCGAUUGCAUGCAACGUGCGCUCUCUGUCAGGUGACGAGUUAAAUACAUUUGAUGGCGCGCACUCUGUCGUGGUAAGUGUGUACUACAACGAUAGUUAUGCAUUCUGACUCACGUUCACUUCAUAGUUUUGGUUUUUCUAUUUAAAGUUGAAGAAAGGUGUUUGUUGCAUGACUUAUUAAUUUAAAUUGUUUGGUGUGCUCUUUUAUACUUCACUUUUUAAAUAAAUGUACUUUCCAUGAAUGGGUUUUGUUUUCAUGAAUAACUUAUCUAAAAAAAAAAAAAAACUUUUCUCGCAUAAACGUCGUACCCCAUACUUUUGAAACUUGAUUUUAGAAUAAAAUGUGCUACGAUUAUGCUAUAAUGAUUAGGGCCUGGAAAAAUUAGCAUCUAUUUAUUACAUAAUUAGCAGUUAUGAUGUUGAAAAUUAGCAUCUAUUUUCCAGAAAUUAGCAUCUAUUUUUAAGAAAUUUGCAUAAGAUAUUAAAGUUACAUAACAAUACAAGAAGUUGUAAUAGUGUUUAUACCCAUUAUGACGAAUUUUAACACAAACCAAAAUCAUUAAACGGUAUUUGUAAACAAACGUUUGACCACUAGUAAUUUCAGAUGGAAACAAACUGACGAUUCGAGUUGACCAACUUCAGUACGCUAAACGUGCACCACAAAAUGUAUGAUUUGUCCCUAUGUAAAAUAUUGAUCAGAAAAAAAUUUGAAGACUAAAGUGAUUAUCAACGAAUGUAAAAAACCGCGUACUAAAAUAUUUGUAGUAGUUUUCAGCAUUUAAAAUAUUUUCAUUUUUAUCUUUGCAAGUUCACUACGAUCCCGUCAACGACCUAGAUAUUUUCUAGGUUGUUGGUUUCCGUGAUGCGCUUCCCGGGAAAUUUUGUUUUGUUAGGUUAGAUACUCUUCAUGAACAGGCAACACACGAUGCAAUGGCGAACGUAGGCGAACGUGAUGUGAUCUAACAAAACAAAAUAACUGCGUCGAUAAGUAGUGUGAACAUUCUUUUCUAAACAACAUUCAACGGUAUCUUGAGUAAAUCGUAAAGAAUAAAUUUACAAAAUUACUUAUUCUAUACUAUCAUGCGUGAUAUUUGGUUAAGGAAUGUUUCAUAAAUAAAGGUUAGGAUUCGGAUUUUAUUCCUUCAACAAGCCUUGUCAGAAGCUAUUGUUUACGGUGAACGAAUAGACGGCAUGGCUUCCUUCAAGCGUUUGUUUGGUGGAGUAAAAGCAGAUGAAACAAUGGAAAUGGUGUUGAUGACCCAUGUGCUGCACCUGUACGCCACUGGCGGGUUGCUGGGGGUGUUCCGUCUGUGGCUGGGCGCGUCAGGCAGCGCCCGCCUCGACUGGGCCCCGCCAGAGUCCUGGUAUCACAGCAACGAGAUGCUGCCCUUCCUGGCGCACCUGAAAAAGCGCUGGGGGAAGUCUCUCUACUCCAUGCUGGCCAUCAAGGACCACACCGCCUGGUGGAACAGCGUCGACAUGGUGGAGUUCACCCGAAAGGUGGACUGGUGUUACACUGUGAAGUCGGACAGACCCAUGGGUCUACGCAACAUGCAGAUGAUCGCCAUGGGUCAGAAGAUGCUGCUGUCUGACAUACCGGGCGUGCGCCCGGAGUUCAGGUUGCUGGUGUGCUUGCGUGAGAUGUACAUCGCUGAGGAGAGCCUCGUCUUCCAUCCAUAUGCGCAGUUCCCGGCGUGCGUGUACGCGCGGUCGGUGGGGCCAUGGCUGUGGCGGCGGUGGGACAAGACCGAGAGCAGCUCCCGCGACUGUCUCACGGACAUUGCAGGUAGAAAGAACUGGGUCACGAACGUUAUACAUGUACAAAUCGAAGUGAGACAAGCCAUGACGCUGGACCCCAGCUUCCACAACACUGUGGCGAGCGCGGAGACGUGGACAUCCCCCGAGGUGUUGGCACGCCUGCCGUGGAACAUGACGCUGUGCCUCAGUUGGCUGGAGUGGGCGCUGGUGCAGACGUACGCGUUCGAGAGCUCGUUCCUGGCUGUGUGUCACUUCCCGGUCAGGAAGAGCGUUGCGAGGCUCCUGGAGAGGAUGUUGGCAACCCUGUCGCACGAGCCCCGCCUGCUCGCCAAGGCCGCCAUCAUUGUCGCCGAGAAGAUAUGGCUGGACGAGAGCAAUGGCAGAGAAGGAGCCCACAAAAAGUCUCGCGAGCUUCUCAAAUUUUGUCUGGAGCGACUGGCUCCAAAAAUGAAGUCUUUUAAUGAUGGCAGCAGCUAUGCACUUUUGAAAUGGAACUUCAACCCGGAGCAUCGACCUCCAGUGAACCCGGGCAGGGUACAUGGUCUAUUCAAGGACAUCCGCCCUUGUUCAACAGAGCCAUCAGCGAAGCCUAGCGUUGUUGUAGAGACCGGCUGGACGGCGGAGGAGCGAACGCAAGGAGAGAUAAGCAUUGACGCCCAGAAGGAAGAUUUCAGGUUUCUGCGCGACGCCAACACAGCAAACAUAAACAUAGACUUGUGCUUUUCCGAGAACUAUAGAAGUACAGGUUUUUGGUUCAAAAUGAAUGAAUCGCACACAAUCGAACGCAGUGAACAUUAUUUUGAAGCCUGUAAGAAAAUUGAAGCAUUCAAGAAAGCAGUGGGAAAUUUUAAGUUUGUACAUCGCAAGAACAAUAGCACGGGCCUUGAAUUCGACCAGCUGUACUACCGGAAGUUCAGCAACGCCAUGGGCCCAACCGUCUUCCGGGCACCCGAGUCCAUCUUCGAUGCGAGCACUUACAUGCAUGCCAGUGGCUUGCUGCAGGAGUCAGUGCUGUUCCAGUUCAACUACUGCGUCCUGGAGAUGAUGUCCCAGUUGCAGUUGCCCGAAUUGGUAGUCCACCUAAUUCCGGGCAUUGAAAUUCUGCGUCUCUUCAACGCAAACAGGGUUGCGCAGUACUUCAAGGACAUUCCAGUAGCAGCCAAGCAGGACUUGCUCGGGCAUCUCCUCAUGAAGGAGUGCCUGCGUCUGAGGGCGGACUUGAACGGGCGGCUUUGUGCCGUGUUCAACAUGUUCAACCAGAGAACCGCCUGCCCGGCGCCCAAGUUCUUCAGCGAAACGUGCGAGAGCAUCGCCGUCGCCCCCAAGGGAGCAGCAGUCAUCUCUAGCGUGGGGCAGGCGGACGCCUUCCUGGACACACUGACGUCCCGGAACGUGAUCGUUGACGGGCCGUGCGAAGACCCGCUGGAACUGAGCGACGUGCAGAUGCGUGUGGACCCCGUGCGCGAGCUUGAGAAGAAGCGCGCGGAGCUCCUGGCGGCCGUGUCCUGGGCCCAGUACCGGGCGGAAGCGGGUGGGAGCGGGGAGCCGCGCAGAUACCCGCUGCUCUCGGAGUUGGAGUACAGACUGCCGGAGGAGCUGGCGGCCCUGCGCAAGGCGCGCGAGACGGGCUGCCGCGAGGCGUCGCGCAGGCUGCAGCAGCUGCUGGUGCUCAGGGUGAACCGCGCGGUGGCCUCGUGCCGGCGCUGGCGGGCCGGGGACGAGCGGGGGGCCGAGGAGGCGAGCGGGCCCGACCUCCUCCCGCGGGCGUGCAACCUGCGCUCCCGGGUGCUGGCCGUGCUCUUGGAGCUGCGCGCCGUCUGCUUGGCCUACCUGUCGCCGCUGCUCACCACCCACCCCUUCUGCGAGUCGUCGGAGCGCCUCCUGCUGAGACUCGUGGAGGUGCUGCUCUCCAACUGCCAGAAGAGCGACACCGUGGCCUACUCUGCGCAGCUCUGCGCGGCUCUGGAGUCGACCGGCCUCGCCUACCUGGAGCAGCUGUUGGAGGACUGCCUGCGAGCGUGGAGCGUGCCGGCCUUCUACGCGGACCCGGCGUGCGUCCCCGACGACGCGAUGAAGCACGCACAGCUCCUGCACGGCGCCGGCACGCACCUGCUGCUGCACGUGGCGGAACGGGGGGCCCUCGUCGGGGACCUGGAGACGGCCCGGAUGGUGCCCGGCUCGUUCGCCCAGCUCCUGAGGGCAGGCGUGCUGCUGCUCAAGAGCGCGGCGGGCGACGCCCAGGAGGGCGUGCCGGGCGCCGUCGCACGGCUCUACUGCGCUGUCUUCUCGGACCUGAAGCACUUGGUGCGCCGCCUGCAGCCGAUCCGUGCGCCGACCCGCACCGGCUGGCGCGGCUGCUCCCCGGAGUGGACGGCGUGCCUGCGCUCGGUUGCCGACGGCAGUGUCAAGCACUUCGUCAGGGCCGUCCAGUUGAAAGAAUUUGUGAACAAGGCGACUGCCACUGCUGAGCAGUCCGCCAGCUCGGGAGACAACCUGGAGGCUGUCUCGAGUCAGCAGAAGUCAGCCGUUGAUCCUGAGGAGGGGAGUGGUGAUGCGACCAAUGGCAGCAAGGCGGGGAUGAAGGCGGAGCCCAGAACUACUGCCUGCACGAACGAUAUCGGACAGGAGAACACGACUAAGGAGGACGGGUCUCGCAAAGAAAAGAAAUCGAAAAAGGGGAAGAACAAGAACAGCAAAGAGAAGAGCACAAAGUUUUGCACAAACCAUAGUUCCAUUGGCAAGAAAAAUGCUGCUUCUGGUGCAGUGAAGAAAAUGCAGAAUCUUCAUCUAAACUGCUGUUUCGGAUGUGAAAAAAUGGAGCAGAGCCCAGGGACUUUCAUGAAGUGCGAGAUGUGUGUUUCCGAGAAGUGGACGGUCGUGAGGGUGUAUUGCUCUUCGGAGUGCCGCUCGGGCGACUGGGCGUGUCGGCACGGCACGGAGCACAGCGAGGGCGAGCGCGAGAGCGACUACGCCGGCCAGGGACACGGCAUCGACUGAGCGCGCUGCUGCUCCCGCUCACGACCCGUGCUACGGCUCAGCGCCAGGAUCUAACACCGCUUUUUGCUGUUUUAAUGAGCAGGCGUUAUCCUUCAAUGCACUAACUACAUUUUUAACAGCCGAGAUGAAUAGAGUUGUGCGAGUGUAACUAUUUUAUCCCACGGAGUUUAUUCUUUGAAAAAUAACAUUUGCACUAGAAAUAGUACCAUACAUCCUUAGCCACUUUGAACAUUUAAUGGAAAGAUGUAAUGUAUUAAAAAUUAAUUGAGAAGUCAUAUCCCACAUUGUAAUGAAACUGUUUGUCGCACAAGCCUUGUAGCAGGUUUAAUGUACACUGUUCUGUUUAACUUACAUUCUAGACUAGCUGUUAUUCACACGUGUGCUCACGUGGUGAAAUGAAGUUCCCGCAAGCACGCACUUUUUAGUUUAACUCUUAAAUGUUGAGUACGUUGGAACAUUUUGUCAUCACCAAAUAUGCACGCAAGCUUUUAAGGUGAGAAAUACACUUGUGAUGUUUUUUAAGAUGGCUGGAAUACCUGAGAAGAAGGUAGUGAUUCAAGAAUUUUAAGAGGAAAACAAAGAUAGCAAAGUUAGGUUUUUUUUUUAUUUUUAAUAAAAAUAUUUUUAGUGCCAAAGUUUACUAGUUAACUAUAUAAACUUGUGUGAUAUCUUAUAGGAGAAUUUUUCGUAGAUUCAGGUAGGAAUAUAUAAAUGAUUGUAAAAGACUGAACAUUUAGUAUGCAAGUUUUCUUUUUAUAUAUUAGGUAGGCCUGUGCAAAUAUUUGAAUACGAAUAAUUAAUUAUUUGAUUUAAACUCGAAUGCUAACACUUGAAAAUACAAAUAUUUGUUUAGGAAUAUUUUACAUAGCAUACCUAAUGAGUUCUAACGCUCACUGUUGAGGUAGUCAGUUGUGUGAUAUAAAUACCGUUUUUUUUUUUUUUUUUUUUUUUUUAUAAUAUUCUAAUGGGAUUUUAAAAUUGUAAACAAUAUGUCAUGUUUUAAACAUGCAGCAAAUAUUCAAAAAAAAUUUCGCUCUGUCCAGCUAAACAGUAACAGAAAAUUGUGCUACUGAUUAUAAACAUGGCAUGUUUGUGGCAUUUAAAACAAAGUAUCAUGUGUAUUCAUUUGAUCACACACAUCAAUAAUAGGAAAAAAAAAUUUACCUCAACAACAAUAAACGACCACCAAAUAUGGACAUUCCAAUGUGAUGGCCAUUAAAAUAAUUAAACACUAUAGUUUCAACGGGGUAUAAAUUGAUAGUCACAAUAAUUGUGACAUCUAAUGCCAUGUGAUACAGUAGCAGCUUACUUGCUGUAUGUAUUUAUUACAAAACAAGACUCUGUGACUCAAAAGCAAACAAAGAGAAAAUAACACUUGGAUAUUAAAUGAAAUUAGCGAAAAUGAUGUUUAUAAUAUUGCUGAACUAUAAUACAAUUUGCCUGGGUACCAUUAACAAUGAAAAAACAUGAAUAACUAGACUUUAAAUAUGUAAAUAUAAGCUCAUUUAAUCACAAAUUUGAGAACACUGCAUAAAAAACUAAAAAACAAAAACCAUGGUUUUCGUGAGAUGGAUAGGAUUUAACAUUAUUUUUUGAUACAAAAAAUUGUUUUUGAUCAAAAUGUAGUUAUUGAAAAUAAGGUGAAUAGGAACUGAAAUGAAAUGUUGGUAGGUUAUGUUAAGUUAGGUUAGCUGCAUAAUUAAAAAGUAAAAACACAAUAUUUUUCUGUAAAAUUUUUAAUAUUUGAACAAUAUUUACAUGUAGUUAUUGUAGUUGCCUUAAUAUAACCAACAUUUCAUUUUAGUAUUAUUUGUUUUAUUUCCCUAUAUAUUUGUUUCAUGAUGUAAAAAAAUAUAUAUAUUUUGUGGGAUUCUCAUUAUUACCAUUCAAAUUCAGUAUUUGUAUUCAAACAAAUAUCUGAUAUUUGCACAGGUCUAAUAUUAGGAGCCGUAAAGUUGAUUACCAGAAACUGUUGAUAUGAUCAAACCAAGUCACGUCCAGACUUAUAUUUUGUGCUCUUUUACUGAUGUAUUAUUGUCAAUUUUUAUUGGUGCAUUUACAAUGUAUUGUAGUAGUGUAUGUUUUACAGUAUACUAAAACUAAAUCUUAAUGUAAGGGGGAUGCUUGAGUUGUGUUUGUGAUAUCAUUUCCUGUCAAGUCACAGUAUAUUUAGGUUUUCAUAGAUUUUUUUAAAAUAUUGUGACUAAUAGAAGUUGUAUGUUGUGGAAGGAGUCAAGACGACUGUGUUAUAUCAGUAUUGUUUUAUUGUGGCUAUUGCCUAUGUUUUGUAAUUCAUUGUGCUGUAGCACUUUUCGUUGAGUAUUUGAACAUAACUGAGUCCUGCUGUUUUUGUUUGUUUGAGACCAACAUUAUUUUAAUAAAUACUUUUUUUUUUCUUUGAAUUUUGGAACUUAGAACUCUUUAUUUUACAUUUUCAUAAAAGACAAAAAAAAAUAUAUUUAUAAAAUGUACAAGUGAGCUCAAAUGUUGCCUCACGUAUGAAGUAAUGUUGGCAUCUGGUAUUUCAUCACACUUGCAAGAAAAAAAUAUCACAACUACUGUCACUUUACUGCCUAAAGAUGAGGAUCAAUGUUUAAAAGUGCUGUAAAAUUGUAUUUUAUUCUAAUUUUAUUUGCAGCAAUAACACUGGGGUUGAAAUCCAUGAACCUUUAAAAAAAAAAAGUACAUAAAAUACUGAAGUAAUCAGAGGGAGCGAAAAACACCACUUCAUUGGUUUGGCAAAAUGUUUUUUGUGUCCACUUCUUAAAUUUUCAGAAGUAGAUCAUAGUGUUUGACUAAAUGUGUGUGCUCUUUGAAGAAUCAAGAGAACGACACAGUGUACAAUUAUUUUGGUGGAUGCGUAAAAUUUAUGUAUUUUGAUAAAAAGCAACAUUUAAUUUUUUUUAGUAAGUUUCAAAUAUGAAUAAAAGUUUUUGAGGAAUCGCCCAACCCAAGACACUGCAUUCUAAAACUGCUGCCUCAGAUAUCUUCACCAGACUUGUAGAAUAUUUAAUGUAAUAAUUUUACAUUUUCAUGUGCCAGCAUGUAUGCAUUUGACUCUGUAAGAGCAUUGUUUUUGAUAUGCAAUGUUAUGUGAUUAUUGAUGUACUAAAACUAUACAUUUUUACAUAAAGGACUUUUUUUUAA